UCUUCUUGUCUUUCUUCUUCGUCUCUCUUUCUGUUGUCUGUGUGUGCUGCCCCCACUGGCUCGGAGGGUAAACGUGAAUGUGUUAUUUAAUUAUAGGACCACUUCUUAGAAAUCUACAAAAUCUAAAUGAGGUUUGGCUUCCAGGUCUCAGUGUCACAUUUUAAAACAUUGAUGUCUUUCUCUGGGAAGAAUUAGCAGAAACUUUCUUAUUUCUUGGCUAAAUUAAAAUAUCCUCCAACUUCUCCUAAUAUAAUAGGCCCUUUGUACAGCGGACAUUUUAACCCGUCGGAGCAGAAAAAGCACAGGUGUUGCUAAUAACAUUAAAGACUGAAGCAGCUAAAUGGAGCUUAGCCAUAAUUAAUGUUAUUAGCUGCACCUGUGUUCACUCUCAAGAGAAAUUAUUCAGCCCAUCAUGAGCUAAUUCUUGAGUAUUGGCAUGGAAUUCUCCAUCAAUACAUGACUACCUUAAAAGUUAAAUCUUAGCACUUGCUAAAGUUUAGACUAUCAGAAAUAAUCAAUAUUUAUAUUAAAUUAAAUAUAUAUAUUAGUUGCAUCUAGUGGUGAUGUUGUAGAUUGCAACCAUUUGAAUACAGCUCAGCCUUCCAGGCAUGUAGUAGAAACUACAUUGGUCACGAAAGCCACGAAAAAUGGGAAAAAUGCAAAAGCCCCUAUCUAGAGUCAGUGUUUGGUUUGUCCGUUCUGGGCUACUGUAGAAACAUGGCGGUUCAACAUGGUGACCUUCGUGGAGGAGGACCCGCUCCCUCUGUGGAUAAAAACAGCUCAUUCUCAGGUAACAAAAACACACUUUUUCUUAUUUUCAGGUGAUUAUACACUAAUGAAAACAUACUAAUGAAUAUUAUAUUCCAUUACUAACAAUAGAUCCUCAUAAAUGUUACACACUGGACCUUCAAAGUUAUGUGGUCUUUCUAUUAAAGGGAUGUGUCUGUUAAGAGGAGGGGGUUAAUAGAUAAACACACCUUCAUCCUGUGUGCUAGAGACAGAAAUGGACCUUUAAUGUGCAUUUUGUCUUAUUUUGAUCAAUUAAGACCAAUUUUCUGAUUUGACCUGUACAUACUUUACCUUUUUAAUCAUUCAUUAUCUACAUCUGUGUCCUUGAUGGAAGCCAGAUAUCAUAGGAAAUGGGCCCUUAUGAGGGUCCUUGUUAGGGCGAUGCCAUGCAUAAUCUGUGAAGGCAGGUCAUAAAUUGAUAAACUGGCCUAGGUUCAUCACCAAUUGACCCAUCCUAUUCCCCACACCCCUUUUUGCUCUGUACUUUAAUAACAGUUAAGCAAGCCAGGUCAGAACCUCUGUCAACUUUCUUUCCUGUACCUAGAUAUGCUUUUUGCUAGGCUUGUGUAUGUUGAAAAGACAUUUUGAACAUAGGAGAAAGGACAAAGUUGACCAAGGUUCCAAAAGGGGAUGAACUUCAGAAAGGUCCACUGGCACUCAACACUCAUCUCACUCUCUGGAGGUCCUGUCGGCCUGUUCCUGGACUUAGAGGUCUUAUGAUCAAAAGAAGGUUAAGCAAAGAUCAGUUUUGUCUGUAAAAUAUGUGAAGUUAAAGUCACUGUAUUUACUACAGAGUGCAAUGUUUCCGUCAUCUGCCCUUUGUCAGUAAAAAAAUGAGAAAUAAGAACAUUUACAAACCGUAAUAUCAACAAAUAAGAAUUUGUUGUUUGCUAGUUUUCAUUUUAGAUACAUUUUAUGUAACCCCAAAGCAACAGUAGUGACUAUCAUGGUGUAUUAUUAUAGUUUGAGCAAUACAACACACAGUUUUCAUAGGGAUUGCAAAUUAAAUUAAACUUUUUAAACUCAAAAUAAAUGUAAAUAAAACUGAAAUUCAAUCAAUGUAGACUGGCACAGCCUUUACUGUUAGUAUGCACCCUUCAUUUUGCUCCUUUUGUGUCACAGACAAGCCUUUAUUGUACAGUAUUUUUUAUCAAUCCUUUAUUUACCCUAAAUCAUGCUCUUGAAAUCCACCUUUAGACAGGACUGUGAUGAAAAAUAAGAGGGGAGGAGAGAUGGUAAUUUUGAGGAAUCUGAAAGAUUAAAGUACAGUCUCCACUCAAAGUAGAGCAGCGGUGAAUAACCGUGUCCUGUGCGGGGUUAUGCUCCUUACCCAAUGGCAUUAGCUGCUCUUAUCUGAUAAAAUAGAAGUAUAAAGGGGAUGUUUCUGCAGCUGGGGGAGCAACACUGAGUUGUACAUCAUCAUGAAUGUGUCUACAAGUUUGAAGGUGCGGCUGCCGGCGUUCGUGCUAGUGUUGGAGGUUGUCAUUAUAACUCUUUAUGCUGUCUUUGUCACUUAUGACGACAAUGCCAACGCUAAGCUGCAGAACAAUGAGACUAACCCAAUGGAGAACUCCAUGUAUCGCGACUAUCCAUACUUUGCCGACGUGCAGGUGAUGAUCUUCAUAGGCUUCGGCUGCCUGCUGGCCUUCUUCCGAUUCUACGGGUUCAGUGGAAUGGUCUUCAACUUCCUUACAGCUACAUUCGCCAUCCAGUGGGCCAUCCUGAUCCAAGGUUUCUUCCAGUUUUACUAUGAUGGUAAAAUUCACCUGGGGGUGAUCAACCUGCUGAAUGCAGAGUUUGCCUGCGCUGUGGUGCUCAUCUCUUUCGGAGCCGUGCUUGGGAAGACCAGUCCUGUUCAGCUCCUGGUCAUGGCUUUGCUGGAGAUCCCUGUCUUUUCUGUGACAGAGUGGGCUGUAUUGAAAUACAUCAGGAUCAAUGAUGCAGGUGGCACUAUUCUUAUUCACCUGUUUGCCUGCUACUUUGGUCUAGGGGUGACAUUUAUGCUGUACCGCCCAAGCCUGAAUAAUGGACAUGCCAAAGAGAUCACUAGUUAUCCUUCCGACAUCCUCUCUGUAAUGGGAACCCUGUUCCUCUGGGUGUUCUGGCCUUCAUUUAACUCUGCUCUGACCUUUAAGGGUGACGAUCAACACAGAGCAAUACUCCACACAUUUAUUGGUCUAAGUUCGUCCACUAUCACCGCCUUCGCACUCUCAGCACUGUUCAAUAAGAGAGGUAAGCUCACAAUGGCUGACAUUCAGAAUGUGACCCUGGCAGGUGGUGUGACUGUUGGGGCUUCUGUGGACAUGAUGAUUUCCCCUGUAGCUGCGUAUGCCCUGGGCGUCAUGGGCUGCACAGCAUGUUUCUUUGGCUACAGGUACUUGACCCCCUUUAUGGCCCAACACAUGAGGAUCCAAGACCAGUGUGGUAUUCACAACCUCCACGGGCUCACUGGCCUCAUAUCAUCCACAGCAGGGAUCUGUGCCAUCCUCCUAGCCACGGAGGAAACCUACGGGCCCAGCAUGUACCAGAUCUUUUCCCAUCGUGCUCCACCUGUAGGAGAUCCAAAGCUCCUGGAACUGCAGAAGCUGAUUCCUGGGCUGAAACCAGGCUUGGGUCGCACUGCGCAGGAACAAGCUCUCUACCAGGUGGCAGCUGUCUUCACCACCAUAGCAGCAUCUGCAGUUGGUGGGCUGCUCACUGGUAUGGUCAUGAAGCUGUCCUUCAUGGCAUCCCCAUCUGACAAGGACUGCUUUGAUGAUGAACUUUUCUUUGACAUGCCCUCUGACUUUAACAGCAUAGAGGAGCUCAAGACCCCCAUGAGCAAUGAUGAAAAAGGACAGCUGAGCUCUGCAGACACCAAAGUCUGAGCUGUCACAUUAUGAGUCUUUCCAUUUUUAAAUUAUUGUCAUGACAACUAUUUCAAAAUGUAGAUUUUUCACACUUGUUUGCAAGUGUGACAGAUGUGUGAUUGAUUAUGUUGGAGAGAUAAAAUACAUUUUUUAAUUAAGCCAUCACCAAAAUUUCCUGUUGAAAGUGGAGUGUAUGUAUGUAAAGUGGUGAUGGACAUGUAAAAGUGUAAAAUAUGACACUUAUUAAUAGGGGAAAUGGGUAAUGUAAAGUAUUAUAUUUAAGAAAUUCCAUUUGAAAUAAAUUAUUUUAAAAAUA